AUGGUGGUGAUGGCGCGCGUCCCGCGGCCCGAGCGGCCGGACCUAGUCUUUGAAGAAGAGGACUUCCCUUAUGAGGAGGAGAUCAUGCGGAACCCGUACUCGGUGAAGUGCUGGCUCCGCUAUAUCGAGUUCAAGCAAGGUGCCCCGAAACCCAGGCUCAACCAACUGUACGAACGGGCACUUAAGCUGCUGCCCUGCAGCUACAAGCUCUGGUACCGCUACCUGAAGGCUCGCCGGGCACAGGUGAAGCACCGCUGUGUGACCGACCCGGCCUACGAGGAUGUCAACAACUGCCACGAGAGGGCCUUUGUGUUCAUGCACAAGAUGCCACGGUUGUGGCUGGAUUAUUGCCAGUUCCUGAUGGACCAGGGGCGCGUCACACAUACCCGCCGCACCUUUGACCGGGCCCUCCGGGCACUGCCCAUCACGCAGCACUCUCGGAUCUGGCCCCUGUAUCUGCGCUUCCUGCGCUCACACCCGCUGCCCGAGACGGCCGUGCGUGGCUACCGCCGCUUCCUCAAGCUCAGCCCCGAGAGUGCAGAGGAAUACAUUGAGUACCUCAAGUCGAGCGACUGCCUGGACGAGGCUGCCCAGCGCCUGGCCACCGUAGUCAAUGAUGAACGCUUCGUGUCCAAAGCUGGCAAGUCCAACUACCAGCUGUGGCACGAGCUGUGCGACCUCAUCUCCCAGAACCCGGACAAGGUGCAAUCCCUCAACGUGGACGCCAUCAUCCGAGGGGGCCUCACCCGCUUCACUGACCAGCUGGGCAAGCUCUGGUGCUCGCUGGCCGACUACUACAUCCGCAGCGGCCACUUCGAGAAGGCUCGGGAUGUGUACGAGGAGGCCAUCCGGACCGUGAUGACCGUGCGGGACUUUACCCAGGUCUUUGACAGCUAUGCCCAGUUCGAGGAGAGCAUGAUCGCAGCCAAGAUGGAGACCACCUCUGAGCUGGGGCGCGAGGAGGAGGACGACGUGGACCUGGAGCUGCGCCUGGCCCGCUUCGAGCAGCUGAUCAGCAGGCGGCCCUUGCUGCUCAACAGCGUCCUCCUGCGACAGAACCCCCACCACGUGCACGAGUGGCACAAGCGAGUGGCCCUGCACCAGGGCCGGCCCCGAGAGAUCAUCAACACCUACACGGAGGCUGUGCAGACCGUGGACCCUUUCAAGGCAACAGGCAAGCCCCACACUCUGUGGGUGUCCUUUGCCAAGUUCUACGAGGACAACGGGCAGCUGGACGACGCCCGUGUCAUCCUGGAGAAGGCCACCAAGGUGAACUUCAAGCAGGUGGACGACCUGGCGAGCGUGUGGUGCGAGUGUGGCGAGCUGGAGCUGCGGCACGAGAACUACGACCAGGCCCUGCGGCUGCUGCGGAAGGCGACGGCGCUGCCCGCCCGCCGGGCCGAGUACUUCGUCGGCUCAGAGCCGGUCCAGAACCGUGUGUACAAGUCCCUGAAGGUGUGGUCCAUGCUCGCUGACCUGGAGGAGAGCCUCGGAACCUUCCAGUCCACCAAGGCCGUGUACGAUCGCAUCCUGGACCUGCGCAUCGCCACACCCCAGAUCGUCAUCAACUACGCCAUGUUCCUGGAGGAGCACAAGUACUUCGAGGAGAGCUUCAAGGCGUACGAGCGCGGCAUCUCGCUGUUCAAGUGGCCCAACGUGUCGGACAUCUGGAGCACCUACCUGACCAAGUUCAUCGCCCGCUUUGGGGGCCGCAAGCUGGAGCGGGCGCGGGACCUCUUUGAGCAGGCGCUGGACGGCUGCCCCCCCAAAUACGCCAAGACGCUGUACCUGCUGUACGCACAGCUGGAGGAGGAGUGGGGACUGGCGCGCCACGCCAUGGCCGUGUAUGAGCGCGCCACCAGGGCCGUGGAGCCGGCCCAGCAGUACGACAUGUUCAACAUCUACAUCAAGCGGGCUGCGGAGAUCUACGGCGUCACCCACACCCGGGGCAUCUACCAGAAGGCUAUCGAGGUGCUGUCGGACGAGCACGCCCGGGAGAUGUGCCUGCGCUUCGCCGACAUGGAAUGCAAACUCGGGGAGAUCGACCGUGCCCGUGCCAUCUACAGCUUCUGCUCCCAGAUCUGCGACCCCCGGACGACCGGCGCCUUCUGGCAGACGUGGAAGGACUUCGAGGUCCGGCACGGGAACGAGGACACCAUACGCGAGAUGCUGCGGAUCCGGCGCAGCGUGCAGGCCACGUACAACACGCAGGUCAACUUCAUGGCCUCGCAGAUGCUCAAGGUGUCGGGCAGUGCCACGGGCACCGGUGAGUAGCAGUGGGCCCCGGGCUUGCAUCACAGCCAGGUCACACGGGCCCUGGAUCGAUCAUCUCAGCUGGGAUGGGAGGUGGGGGUGCAGGGGCAGGCCCCCCCAAGCUGAGGCCCCUCUCCACAUGCCAGGAGCGAUGCUUCCCGUGAAGAGCUGGCCGAGCUGGCCCAGCAGGCCAACCCCGAGGAGAUUGAACUGGGGGAGGAUGAGGAGGAAGACGAGAUGGACCUGGAACCCAACGAGGUGCGCCUGGAGCAGCAGAGCGUGCCAGCCGCCGUGUUCGGAAGCCUGAAGGACGACUAG